AUGAACUAUAUCAUUUUUGUCUCCGCAGCCAUCCGUGCCCUCCACGCAUUCUAUGCGCUGGCUGGGUCCGGUACGCUGACGUCCUCCGGACUACUCGGUCUCCCCGGUGGUCCUCUGCUCUCCAACGCGCUCGCCGAGCUUGGUCCUCAGCUCGGCAUCCGCACGCUCCCUCACGUCUUCGGCCAGCACAUCGCCCGAGGGAUCAAGAGCAUCGCCGACGUCGUCUCACUUCGACUGUCGGCGGUCGUCAUCCCUUUCCCCUCGGUCCUCAACAAUACGUUGCUGUCUGAAGACGGUGCCCUCGCGUCUGAAGAUCAGUCAAGCCCCGGCCUCGUACCUGGCCUUACGCCUGACAAUGUCAUCCUCUGGGCGUCGUCAAACGAGACGUUCAAAGAACCUCAAGCCUCCUGGUCUACCUCCGACACGCUUCCCAUCGCCCCGCUCCCCGUCUGCGAGUUCAAAGGUCUCGAACUCCUCACCUUGACGGACGUGUGCUCGACGGACGACCAGCUUGCUUCAGUCGACACAGCUCUCGGGUCCGCGCCUUCCGCCACUCUGCUUCCCACCUGCGAGUUUAAGGUCCUCGAACUCGCCAAGUUCGAUGUGUGCUCGGCGGACGACCAGCCCACUUCGGUUGACCAAGCUCUCAGGUCCACGCUUUCCGCCGCUUCGCUUCCCACCUGCGAGCUCAAGGUCCUCGAGCUUGCCCCACCGGAAUUCUGCGCGGCGGGCGACCAGCCCACGUCAGUCGACGUCUUCAGACCCCAGGUUUUGGCCAACAUCCCCCUCAAGGCUCGAUUCGCGCGUUCAGACACUCAGGAUUUCAAGGCAUGGCUUCUGCAGCUCCUCCCCUACGUCUAUUUCCCGACAAUGGCACGCGUAUUCGGAUUCAUUCUCGUUUCUGUCAUUCUCUGGAACUUCAAGGGUCGCAUAUAUCGACGCAAGCCUCGUCACGUCUAUGUCUCCCUCGAUCACCAUCUUCUCGACAAUGUCCUUCUUGUCAACCUCUCGCCUCCUGAAAUGCACGGCUCCACUGUUCUCGAAAUCUCACUCGCAUCCAGCACUUGGCUCCCAUCUGUUCCGUCCACCCUUCUCCCUCUCCUCCCCUCAAAGAAAGGAAAUGAGCAUGCUUUGCUCACGGUACUGCCGUUGAACAACGGCGAGGAAGAUUUUGGAUACACAGCCAGCGCACCAGUCCUCGCUCCCGACGCGGACGAAGAAAUCGAGGCCCUGCCACCAGCCAACAACGAGGAGCCCAUCGGGUACACAGCAAGAAUCCAACUCCCUCUCAUCCGACUCGGGAAAGGAACUGAGUAUAAUUUGCUCGCAGUACUGCCGCUUGUCAACAACGAGGAGGAUUUGGCUCUCGCUGCCAACACCCCGCUCCCCGCUCCGGACGCUGAAGAAGAAUUCGAGCACGCUUUGCUCGUGGGCCUGCCACCGGUCGACGACGACGAGCUUGUCGGACAUGCAGCAAGCAUUCCCCUACCCCCCGUCGACGCUGAUGAAGUUCUCGGGCACGCUUUGCUCGAGCCGCUGCCUCCAGUUGACGAUGACGAAGUUUUCGGACACGCCAUUGCCAUGCCGCUCCCCGCCCCUGGUGCGAACGAAGUACUCGAACUCGCCGAGCUCGAGCCAUCGCCGCCAGCCGACGACGAGGAGUUCAUCGGGUACACAGCAAGAAUCGAUCUCCCUCCCAUCCGACUCGGGAAAGGAACUGAGCACAAUUUGCUCACGGUACUGCCGCUUGUCGACAAUGAGGAAGAUUCUGUUCUUGUUAUCAAUAUCCCGACCCCCACUCCCGACGUGGAUGAAGUACUCGAACACACCGCAAUCGUGCCAUCGCCACGACCCAACGACGAGGAGCUCAUCGGGUACACAACAAGAACCCAUCUCCCUCCCAUCCGACUCGAGAAAGGAACUGAGUGCAAUUCACUCACGGUACUGCCGCUUGUCGACAACGAGGAAGACCCUGUUCUUGUUAUCAAGAUCCCGACCCACGCUCCCGACGUAGAUGAGUUGUUCGAGGACGCUGUGCUCAUGUCAUUGCCACCGGCCACUGACGAUGAGGUUAACACUGCUCGCAAGAGAAAGAAUCAGCUGAAGAGGCAUAGGAAGCGAGAACGGGAAGCAGCUGAGUCGGAGAAGAUGGCCGUCCUUGCUUUAUCGUUGGCGGAGAUUGGCUCGCUCCUCCCCAUCGAACCUCAAGUCAGUGAUCGCGAAUGUCUCGUCGCUUCUUUGGACGCUUCCAAUUCCGAGCCUGGACUCGAUUCUGUUCUGUACAAGAAGACAUACUGGCGAGAGCGGUAUGACAAGGAGUCCCAAGCGCAACUAGAUGACUUCCGUCGUCUCUCAGUCGACGCACUCCUACUCGCCGGCCCUCGAGCACUCUCUACCGAAGGAGCUCGCACCGAUCAACACCUCCAUCUUGAUCUCGCGGGGCACGACCCUAGUUUCCUUGCGCUCUUGAUCUCAGUCCGUGGUCGGUGCCCGCUACCCGACAUUGCGGAGAUUGCGGAGAUGACGAUCCCACGCUGCUCCGCUGCCAAGCCGGAGUCGAUCUCUCAAGAUGUCCCGGAGCUUACGCUCGAGCUGCUCCUCGAGGAGGGGCCAGAGGCGUUCCUCCAUGACUUUACACCGACCUCGCAUGUCGUGAUGCGCACCAAGGCCCAGAAGCGCGCCGACCUCAGGCAGCGUCAACGCGAGGAGGCCUCUAAAGCCACACCGACGACCGACUCUGUCGCAGCUAACCCUUUCACCGUGCUCGAGGUCGAAGAGGGUCUCAACUGGGCCACUGAAUGUGAUGCUGCCGACGCCCUCCAUGCCUCUCAGCCAAUCGACGUGGACGCACCUUCGCAGCAUCUGACUGCCACCCAGCAGAGGAACCAGCGGCGACGCAACAAGGAGCGCGCCGAACGUCACGCAGAGGAGAGCCAGUCGUCCGAGGAGUCCUCCUCUCAUCCUCACUCGUCGAACAAGAAAGCCAAGAAGAAGAGCAGCGGCAAGAAGAAGCCCGGGAGCGCGCGACCAGUGUUCGGGAUUCAUCUUCAGCGCUAG